AUGGAUGAACCGAGGUACUGGAUGUGGUCCAAGACCCGACCCGCAAACCCGCUAACCGACUCGUGGGAAGAGCAAGCCUUCGCCGUGGAUUCCGCCGGAGGAGCCCUCGUUUGGCCGCCAAGAUCCUACUCUUGCACCUUCUGCCGCCGCGAAUUCCGGUCGGCACAAGCCCUCGGCGGCCACAUGAACGUCCACCGCCGAGACCGUGCCCGCCUCAAGCAACAACCCGACCCGCCCGUUUUUCCUAACCCUAAUUACCCUGAAAUUCUUGGGCCGCGCGGGUUUUGCCUCACUAGGGUUUCAUCUGGGCCCGCUUCGCAAUCGGGCCGAAAACGGGCUCGGGAGGUCUCGGUUUCGGGUUUAGGGUUUGAUUUGGUCGACGAAGAGGAGGAGAUGGGGAGCGGCAAGAGGAGGAAGGUUGAGGAGAGAUGUCAUUUCGUCGUGCAAUCGGAGGUGAAGAAAUCGUGUUCUGGGCUGGUUGAGGAGCUCGAUCUCGAGCUAAGGCUUGGAUGUGCAUCAAAGGUGAAGUGA